AUGAAAUCAAAUAAUUCAACAGCAACAACAUAUACAUUAAAAAAACCAGCAAUUGAAAUACCGUUAGAUAAACAAAUUGAUAAAUUAUUUCAAAAACCUUUACAAAGAUUACCAGUUUUUAAAGAUCUACCACGUUUAGCAGGAAGAAUUAUUAUUGAAAAGUAUACACCACAAGUUGCUACUACUAUAACAUCUGAACCAUCAUCAUCUUCUUCUUCCUCCUCUUCUUCAACAACAACAACAGCAACAACAACAACAACAACAACAACAGAAAAUAUUCAAUCAUCAGAUAAUACAAUAACCUCAAUUGAAUCAGUGGAUACAAAUAAAAAAAGAAAAAGUAAAGCAUUAUCAUUAAAAUUAUCAAAAGAUUUUGGUGAACUAGGUAAAGAUAAUGAGGAUAAAUUAGAAGUUGAACCAUUAGAAUCACAAGAAACUAAUGAAAAUAAAGUUUGGAAAACUGUUAAAUCUGUAAUUUUCAAAUUAUCAGAAUUAUAUGAAAAUGAAGAAACUCAAAAUAAAAUAAAAUCAACUUUUAAUAGUGAAAAAGCACCAUCAGAUUAUCAAUUAUCUUUACCACAAUUAUUUAAUGAAUGUAUGGAAGAAAAAACAAGUAAAGUUAUAAAGAUAUUAAAAUUAAUUCAUCAAAAUAUAAUUUAUAUUGGAUGUUAUGAAUUAAAAAUUAAUGUACCUUAUUUAAUGGUAAAUUUAACAAAAGAUGUUCGUGGACCAGAAGGUUGGAGAAUAAAUGUAUUUAAAGGUAAAGAUAUAACAACAGUAAUUCAUACUAGAAGAGAAGAAGCUAUGGAUAAAAAAUUUUAUUUUGAAUGGCAAUUACAUAUUACACUUUCUGGAAAAGAUUUGGAUGAAAUUUCUUUUGCUUCACUUAAAAUUAUUGAUUUAGUUUUCGAUCCAUCUGCAAGUUUACAAUUUAAACAAGAAGUUUCAAGAUCUUUAUGUAAUGGUAAUUUAUUUGUAAUGUAA